AUGUCAUCACGAAUUCUUAAGACUGUUCUUCUCACGGAAGUAGAAAGAUCCAUUUCCAGUGAUGUUAUAGAUCGCAUCGUUGGCAUUGCCACUCUUUGUCAACAAGAUCUAUCAAAAACAAAAACAUUGAAGACAGCAUUUGCUAUACCAGACAAACUAUCUCGAGAGGACUUCUUGUGUGCAUUAUGCUGCAAACUCAUCUUUGAGCCCACAACUACUCCCUGCGGUCACACCUUUUGUUGUUCUUGUCUCAAUCGAUCACUUGACCAUCGCCCUACUUGUCCUGCUUGCAGGACAUCGUUGACAGAUUAUUUGGCUGAUGUUGUUAAGAAGACUCAUGAACAACCCAGCACUGAUGCUUUGAGGUUGCCUGAGACUACUGCUCUGAAGUUGAUCAUUCAACAUUAUUUUAGUGAGAAGUAUGAAGUACGUCGAAAACAGACAUCUGAUGAGCUACAACAAGUUGCCGGGGUUGCUGCUGAGCAGGAAGUUAUUGAUGAAGCGAGUCUUCCUAUAUUUGUCUGUACCGCUGCAUUUCCAACAGUUUGGUGCCCUUUACAUAUAUUUGAGCCUCGUUAUCGCCUGAUGAUCCGACGCUGUAUUGAAUCUGGUAGUCUACAGUUUGGAAUGUGUGAACCAGCAGAGGGUGAACCAUUUGCAGAUGUUGGAACAGUACUGAACAUUCGUAAGAUUGAGUUUCUGUCUGAUGGACGAUCUGUGAUUGACACCAUCGGUGGAAGGAGAUUUCGGGUUAUUAGUCGUGGCAUAACAGAUGGUUACAACAGAGCUAUUGUUCAGUAUAUUUCUGACAACAGGGUAACUAAUAGUCAAGAAAAAGAAGAGCUGAAAGUGCUUUGCAAUGAGGUGUAUGCUGCAACCCAAAUAUGGUUUGCAUCAUUACCUGCUCUCUUGAAGGACAGGGUUGUUCGCUCACGAGGAAUGGUACCAGAAUUUAGUGCAAUAGAAGACCCUGGCGCAGUUAUUGACGGUCCUGAUUGGGUUUGGUGGGUCUUUGGUGUGUUUCAAGGACAGUUUGAUGCAUCUCGAGUGCUGGGAAGUUCAUCUUUAGGAGAACGUUUGAGGAUUUUACGACAAGUAAUAGAUGAAGAGAGAAGAUUACGCACUGCACAGUUGUGUAGACCUCAGUGAAUGCCUGUUCAUUACUGAAGUCAACUCAAAUAUCAGUCCUAUGUCUAGAAUAUUUAAGACGGGUACACUCUAUAUAGCUUUCCAUACAGCAAAUGGUACUUGUAUAUAAUUACCCCUUUAGAGGCACUUUUAAGGAAUUGGUUCCUAGGCAAAGUGAAUCAGUUCACAAAACAGAUUGUAGCUACUAACGUUGACGUUGUAGCCUUGUUUAUUGUUGUGAUGAGCGUUUCAUGCAUGCACACGUGGUCAUGUGCAUGCUUUGAUUGCGUAAUACGGUCUAGUCUGGGAAGCCGGGUACACUACCACUAGUCUACAGUGCUUGCUGUAUUAUGAAGUUGUUACCGGUAUGAGUGAUAUAUUCUACGUGAUCACGUAAAGCUUGUCAAACUCGUAGCUGCAGGACUCUCAGUGGCUUGGUAUUACGAGAUAUCGUGUGCAGUGUUCUCUGGGUUUCCAUAGCACAUACGGGUGUGCAGUUGAGCCUGACUGAUUCCGUGACAAUUUCGACAGCGAAGCCGAGGAAGUCUGGGCAAAGACGGAAGACAAAUAUAGAGGGAAAGCUCACUAACGAGCCGUUGAAGUCUUCUACAGGCGUCGACCCUGAAGGAAAUUUUCAACUCUACAAAUUUCUCGACGCUAAUAUGUCCAACUAAUGAGCCUAGUGAUGAACUGAUUUCAUUUGCUUGAUUACAAGUGUUCUAACUACAGGGGGCCGGGGGCCGGGGGCCAGAAGCAAACAAACACUGGUACGGCCUAACGUGCGCUAAAGGGUGUGGCUACUCACGUGAUUCGAUAAACUCGUAGGUUUGAAUUGUCGUGACAUCUGUCAUGACUGGUCAACACAGUCAAGACGUGACAAGACAAGACCUUUCAAGCAUUAACUAGAGCUUAACAAGUAUUAACAUGAACUGGGCUGCUGAUAAGAAGAAAUAUAUUAAUUAUUUAAUUAGCGAUAUCA